AGGUAGUUAUAUUUCUUCAAUUCUUGUCGAGCUGUGUUAAUAAUCGAAUUUUUUGCUUCUCAUUCCAUUCACUCAUUAUUUUUUUUAAUAUCUUUUAACCAUAGAAGUCUUUCCAUCUAAUAUACCCGCAAGGUUCCAGAUCGGAGGCUGAUCUGAGUGGAUUUAAUGACCCUACUGGCAAGACUCGUUGCUUCAGAUAUUCACAGUACAUAAUAUAUCAGAGUCCCUUUACAAGACCAGGGAUCUUUCCACCACAAUCCAACAUGAAAAGGGUCAUGACAACGAGAAUAUUCACCUUACUCUACUCACCCGAGCCGAUAAUACCAGCGGUGGCUCAGCGCUAUCUUACCUCACGAUACAAUCCUCUCCGUCCGAAGCUACAACAUUUGUACGAUAACCGAGACCCGAAUACCCUGUGGUGGAGACUGGCUACAAGACCGAUACUGGACAGGAAACGAGUGGUGCGGUCGUGGUGCUCGAGGAGAAUACGCAUCGCCUUUAUUCGAGCCUUGAAGAACCAAGGCUACGACCGAGAUGGCAGAAAAAUUGCUGACUUUCCACAAAAAGGAGAUCCACGGGGCAAGCCCGGCAUUGUAGGCUCAGCCACCCUACUGGUAUUUCCAGAAAUCCAGAAGGAGAGCAUGGCCCACGUUCAGCAAGAUGUUAGUCGCGCGGUGGCUGCCAUGAUCAAGGCAGCGAAAAAGUAUGACCAGCUGAGAUAGAAAUGUAGAGAGUGCAAGAUGAUGCUGGCCAUCAGCAUAUAUAUGUAUUUUUUUUUCAUGUAUAAAUAGUAGUCUAGUUAAUGCUAAAUAUACCAUUGUUAUACUGUCA